AUGAGUGCACCAGCUGAUGCAGAGCCCAGUUCUCCAGCGCAGACGACUGUUCUGGAGUCAGACAGCAUAACGAUGGAGUCGUCGAAGUAUCUGACUGCGGUCGUGCAGAGCCCUAUGUCUGCCAGCACGGGAGCCGAGUCACCGGAUGCGACAGACUCUACCAGCAGGAGCUCACUACACGCUCGAAGCCCGUGGCCCCUUCCUUGGCUGGAUGUCGAGGCACAGGAUGGCUCCACGUCAUUUCCGUUUCUGACUGUUCCUCGAGAGAGGAGCUAUCCCGGAGGUAUCGGGUGUGGCGUGGAUGUCGCCCCUGACCUUCCGACUGUGCUCGGCCGUCCAGCUCCCGCUCGUGAAUCCUCGAAGUCAUCCGCCAAGAGUGCUGCGCCCUACCAGUUCACACCCAGCUCGCCCCAAUCCAAUCUGACGGUUCCAGCUGCUCCUUACUUAGCUCGGGCAUGGCGAAGAGAACAAGGCGGUGGCUGCGAAGCUGGAAUUUCUAAUGCUUCUGGCGAGACCGCCUUCGCUGGUGUCCGGAAGUGGAGCAUUGGGGUGAGGACAUUGCUUGAAUUGAGUGAUGGUCACUGUGCAGACUGGUUGCUGUUCUCGGCCCUGGCUACUACUGUGCUUGUUGUCACGGCACUUUACGCUGUGGUCAUGGCGCCGAGAGACCACGAGGCAACCAUCGCGUGGCGCAGGGACAAUCCGUCAGCCCAUUUGGACAACCUCGGCUGCAGUGCUGUCGACCACUUUGGCUUCUACUUGAUCUUGUGUGUUGCAGCAUUUGCAGGUGUUGCCGCCUGCCUCAUGUUUCGCAAUGCUGGCGGUUCGGCGCACAUCCUUUCGGCUUCAGGCUUGGCUCUCCUAUGCUGGUUCCAGGGGCUGGUUGCGACCAUUCUGCCAGCCCACGAGCGGGCCAAGAGCGGCUGUGCGUACGGCACGAUGCAGCGAAUCUUUGCGCCGCAGGAGUUGAGCAGCUAUGACAAGGCGGAUUACUACAAGGAUUACUAUGGCGUGAUCAUUGUUCGUACACUCCUGUUCCUUGCAACCCUGAUCUGGAUGCAGCACUUGAUGGUGUGGAGAGUUUUGGCAGUGGAGGCCACAUCACGACGCUUCUUUGGCGGAAGGUGCCUUGCCCUGGGCAUCGCGGUGCAGAAGGUCGCAGCAACAGUUGCAUGUGCUGUGAGCGUCUGGAUCUACACAUCCAUUGGUCCGUCUCAGCCAAGCUCAGAUGAGAUGACUGGACUCGAGGCCGGCGAGAGCACGAGCGGAGUACAUAUAAAGUUCUGGAGCGAUUGCGCUGAAUGCGCUCCUUUCACAAACGUGAUGACGCUGCAGCUCUUCCUGGGGGGCAUGAACUUCCUGCUCUUUGUGGUCACGGGAAUAACGGUCAUCAGCAUCAUGUCAGUGAUCCUCUGGGAUCUGGGCCGCGCUGUGCACAUCACGAACGAUUUGGUGGCGACACACCCACGAACGAGGCGUGCUCGUCAGCAGCUUCGGCGCGCAAGGGCUGUUGUCGGACGGCAGCUCUUCGGUGUCAUGCUACAUCUGGUGGCGAGCUCCGCUCUGCUCCCAGUGGCAGUGGAGAAACUCCUGGAUGGCCGGGGCUACCGAAGUGAGCCGGACUUGGCCAUCAGCUGCUCCUUCCAGGCCCUGGAUCUGCUCACAUGCGUCUCCGCGGCCCUCAUCCUCUCUGGUGGCUACCGCUGGCCUAUCCGACACCGACGCGCCCAUCAGCCUUGCAGCUGGCAGUUUGCCACCGCAGACUCCACAGACACCAUGCUGCCUGAAGCGACAUCCGGCCGCCGCUCCGGCGCAAGUGACAUGUUGCAUGACAAGGCGAUGAGCCACGCAGAGGUGAUGCUGCUGCUGUCAGGAGAGCUUGACAGAUCGUCGACGGCCUGGGACAUGAAGGUGAGUGAGAUUGCCGGGCGCGGCAUAACAGUCAAGGAGCUGCUGCAUUUCUACAGCUCUUGGGUGGCAAAGCUUGAGAAUCACUCAAAAACCGCGAGGGUGAUGUUGGGAUGCUUCUGA